AUGUCACAAAUCUCUAAUGUUCAAUGUUUAGAACACUUUGAAUAAGUAUAAUUUUUAGAUCUAAGAUAAAAUAUUUUAAAAGGAGAUAGAGCGAAAUGUUGUAAAUGCUAACUAAUAAAUCCGACUUAUAUAGAAUAAGCUUUUUAAAAAUGGAUUUAAAAAACUCAAGAUGAAAUUCAAUACAUUUAUACGGAAUUUUAGGAUUACCUUAAUCCACUCAAAUUAUUUUAAGAGUAGAUGAGAUAAACUUAAAAAUCAUUCGAUUAAAAUUGUGAGCACAUAAUAAAUGAAAUAGAUUAUUUAAUCAGAGGUAUAAAUUAUGAUAAAAAUCAAAAAAUUAAAUAUUUGCAAUUUUUUGGUGAGAAUAUUUCAUUGUCCAUCUUAUAAGAGAUGGCUGAAUUAAUGAGUGAAAAGGCUCCAAUAUUGAAACAAUCCAAAAGAGAUGUACAGUUAUAUAUAAAAUUGAAACUUAUAAUAAAUUUUGCAAAAUAGGUAAUGAUUGAAUAAUAAAACUCUGUUAUACAAUUAGUUAAAUAGCAAUAGUAAGCCAAGGAAAAAAUUGAAACUUUUAAAGAUAUAUAUCUAUAACAUAAAUCGCAAUAUUAAUAUACAGAAACAAAAAAUAUUUACAAUAUUAAAUAAUUUGAAGUUUGUAGAGUUAUUACUUUUAAUAAGGAUGAUAGUAUAAUGUUAGCAGGAAGCAACUCUGAUAUAAAAGUAUGGAAUUUCAAUAAUGGAAAAGUAACUGAGAAUUAAACUUUAACCGGGCAUAUUGAUGAUGUUAUUUCUUUGACUUUUAGUUUGAAUUAAGAUCUAUUUAUAUCUGGAGGUAGUUGGAAAGAUAUGAAAAUCAUAAUUUGGAGAAAGCAUAAUGAUUUAUGGAAAUACACUUAAAUUAUGGACUAUCAUAAGGGAUAUGUUCCUUAGAUCUUAUUGAAUAAAAAUGACAGUGAAUUAAUUUCAUGUAGUUCUGAUUAAACUAUAAUUGUGUGGAAAACAUCUUUAAAUGUAUGGAAAUUAGAACAAAAAUUAGCAAAUCAUGAAGGAACUAUAUAUGGAAUGAGCCUAAAUUACAGUGAAAAUUAUUUAGUCUCUUGUGGCAAAGAUAAAUCAGUAAUUGUUUGGAAAAAACAAAAUAAUAUAUGGAAAUAUUAUCAAAAAAUAACUCAUGAUAGCUAUGCAUUUCGAAUAACUUUUGUUGAUGAUGACUCUUUUUUAUUUUAGCUAAACAAUGAAGGAUUUAUAAGAUUGUAUUCGAAUUAGUCUCAAGAAAAAUUUCAAGAGAGUUUGGAAUAGCGAAUUACUGUUUAAGAUAAAGAAGAUCCUUGGUUGCUUUUUCCUGCAUUUUAUAAUGUUGAAAAAAAACUGGUCAUUCAAAAAUAAAACCAAUUUGUAAAUCUUAUUAUCAAUUAAGACAAUGGUACUUUAAAUAUUGUUAAUACUAUAUAAUGUGAAAGUCAUUAAAAUAACGGUGCACUUUCUAAAAGCGGAAGGUUCCUUGCAAUUUGGGAUAGUUCACCAAUAAUGGAAGGUGAUGGGAUAAUUAAAAUAUAUGAGAUAGUAUAUUCAAAUAGAGAAUGA